AUGGACCCCGGCGCGACCGCCGCCCGGCCGCCGCGCGCGCCCGCACCGCCCGCUCGAGCGCGCGCCCGCAGGUUCGUCGCGUACGCGUGGUUCACGUCGAUCCUGCUCGUGCUCGCGAGCUUCUUCGCCGCGGCCGUCGUCGCGGACCGGCACCGGGGCAAGGGCACGGGCGGGCUCGGCUUCGCGGCGGUCUGGACGACGAUCCUCUGCCUCUUCAUCUCCGUGGGCGGCACGGUCGUCAUGCGCAAGUUCCAGACGGGCUUCGCCAUCGGCAUCUUCCUCGGCGUCGUCACGGUCAUGGCGAACCAGUGCCUCAUGAUGGUCGCCAUCUUCGGCCAAUGGUCGGGCAACGAGGACGAGGACAAGGAGUCGAAGAAGGCCGCGGACGACACCUUCACGACGUUCUCGUUCUUCCUCUUCGUCGUCUACGCCUUCUUCGCGUCGCUCCUCGCCGUCUUCCGCGCGUCCUUCGGCGCCUGUUUCGGAAACGACCUCAUCAAGGAGGACUCCGUCGCGUCGACGGACGUCGACGUGUCCGUGCCCGCCGGCGACGCGCCGGCGGCCGAGACCGUCGAGCCGCUCCCGGAGGAGCAGGCGGCGAACUAA